AUGAUUCGAUUUAUUUUGAUCCAAAACCGUGCGGGUAAGACGAGACUGGCAAAGUGGUACAUGAAUUUCGAUGAUGAUGAAAAACAGAAACUCAUAGAGGAAGUUCAUGCUGUUGUUACCGUUAGAGAUGCAAAACACACCAACUUUGUAGAGUUUCGUAACUUCAAAAUUGUGUACCGAAGAUAUGCUGGAUUGUACUUCUGUAUAUGUGUGGAUGUGAAUGAUAAUAAUCUUUGUUACUUGGAAGCUAUCCAUAAUUUUGUUGAAGUUCUCAAUGAAUACUUCCACAAUGUGUGUGAAUUAGAUUUGGUGUUCAACUUUUACAAGGUAUACACAGUAGUUGAUGAGAUGUUCCUUGCAGGGGAAAUCAGAGAAACAUCUCAAACAAAAGUAUUAAAACAACUUCUUAUGCUUAACUCAUUAGAGUAA